AUGAAAAGGAAAGAUCAUCUGAUCAAGAAGGUCGCUGAUGAGGAGGUAUCAGAUCUGGUUGUAUCCAUCUGCCAAUGCAUUUUACAGGGCGACGUGAUAACGAUGGCGCAACAAGUGCAACAGUUUGCAACGGUUCAAGGCAAUAUCACGCAGCUCCUGGAUCAGAAUAAAAGCGCCGAGUUCAUCGCCAAGACGCUUUUCGUCAUCAGCGUCGGAAGCAACGACAUCUUUGAUCACUACCCUUACAAGGAUACCACCGUGUCCCAGCCAGAGCUAAUGGCCGCCAUUCAAUCUAACCACACAGCCCAACUGACGGCUUUGUACAACUUGGGAGCUCGGAAAUUCGGGAUCGUGAGCAUCCCUCCGAUCGGGUGCUGCCCCUAUGCGCAGCUCCAGAACUUGACUGCGAGCGGGUCGGGCUGUUUGACGGAGCUGAAUGAUUAUGCUCGGGACUUCUAUUCGACGAUCUCAGCUUUAUUACAAAAUCUGAGUUCCCAGCUCCAAGGGAUGAUAUACUCGCUUGGAGAUGCAUAUACCAUGACCUCUACCGUUCUGAAGGAACCUUUGGCCUUUGGCAUCGAGAACAUAGAAGACGCAUGCUGCGGAAGUGGCCCAUUGAAUGCGGAGAAGCCAUGCAACAUCGCGGACAGCCCCAACCUGUGCCCGAAUCACGAUAAAUACUUGUUCUGGGACUCGAACCACUCGACUCAGUACGCGGCCCACCUAGCCGCCAUCACUCUGUUCACCGGGGACCUGAGUUUCGUAGCGCCGAUGAAUUUCAGCCUGUUGGUCCAGGCCAGCGCAUGA